UUACUUAUCUCGAUUGUUGAUUAAUUUCGGAGAUAUUCAUACACAGAGUUGAGGAAUGGUAUAUAAAUAGUUAAGUUCAUUUUGUCGCCAUUGGUCAGUUAAGCUUCACUAAACAAAAUGGGUGUUCUGUAUAUGUACAUUUCGGUAUUCAUAGCUCAGUUGAGCAUCAUGAUUGCCUCCUACGCUGUGACUUGGUCUUCCCCAAUGCUUGUAAAACUGAAUGGAACAGACGACAAUCCCUUGGGUUACGUAAUAUCAAAGACAGAAAACAGCCUGUUGGCUUCCAUCAAUAUCCUUGGAGCAAUAACUGGUGCCCUCGUGUUUGGCCUGCUAGAUACCAAGUUUGGAAGAAAAACCCUGCUGAUUGUACUUGGUUUACCACCCCUCAUAUUUUACCUAGUGAUGGCGUGGUGCAAAGUGAUGUGGUUACUUAUGUUCAGUAGAUUCGUUAUAGGGAUGGGUUUAGGCGGGGUAGUCACCAUCAUACCCAUGUACUGUGGUGAAAUUGCAGACGCCAAUAACCGUGGAAUUCUUAGUGCGGCUAUGACAGUGUUUGUGAAUAUCGGCAUGCUCAUUCCCUAUUCAGUGGGACCCUUCAUUCCGUAUUUCUGGUUCCAUAUAGUUCUGGCAGCGAUCCCUGCCAUCUACAUAGUAGUAUUUUACAUUUUUGCUCCAGAGAGCCCUUAUCACCUCAUCAAGACUGACGAAGAUGCAGCAAGGGACGUAUUGCUUAGGAUUCGGGAUAGAGACAGCGUCCCACAACUGUUGGAAGAGAUGAAGGAAAGUUUGAAGCAAACAACAGACGCAUCGUUCAUGGACAUACUCAGAAGCAAAGGGCUAAGAAAAUCGUUUAUCAUGGCCUUAGGAGGCUUCACGUUCAUGGAACUGACAGGAACUGUUAUAGUUGCUACUUACAGCCAAACAAUCUUCAAGGAAGCCGACAGUGGGAUUUCCUCAGACCUCUGUCCAAUUAUCGUCGCUGUCGCACAAUUGAUAAUGACAAUAUUUGUAUCAGCCAUAACAGAUAGGUACCCUAGGAAAUUUUUACUGGCACUUUCGCAUUUCUUAGUUUCUUUAAUCCAAAUACCGUUUGGUGCGUACUUCUUCUUGAAAAAACACGAUUACGACGUCGAAAGCUAUAAUUGGCUACCACUAGUAUGCUUAAUAAUCUACGUUUGCGUGUACAACAUCGGAGUGGGACCAAUCCUGAUGACUUUCCUGGGAGAAUUAUUCCCACCCAAAGUAAAGGGACUAGCGGUUUCUUGCAUGAUAAGCUACAAAUGGAUAUUUUCAUUUUUGUUGACAACCUUCUUCAACACCCUGAACGAUGCAAUCGGUAUAGGAAUGCUAUUCUGGAUAUUUUCAGUUUGUGGAUUUCUCGCCACGUUGUUCAUCAAAUUCUUCAUGAUAGAGACGAAAGGAAAAACUCUGGAAGAAAUUCAGAAGGAAAUUACGGAGUUGAUCUUUCUGAUUGCCAGCACUUCUGCGACAUGGUCCUCACCAAUGCUCGUGAAACUGAAUGGAACAGAUGAUAACCCCUUGGGUUACGUGAUAUCAAAAACGGAAAACAGCCUUCUGGCUUCACUUAACAUAAUCGGGUCAUUGAUUGGUUCCAUUAUUUUUGGAAUGUUAGGCCAAAAGUUUGGAAGGAAAUCGCUCCUGACAUUUCUUGGGCUUCCCUUACUGGUUUUUUGCUUGGUGAUGGCAUGGUGUAAAGUCUAUUGGUUACUCUUGUCCUGCAGAUUCAUUAUAGGAAUUGCUUGUGGAGGUGUUUUCACAAUACUACCAAUGUACUGUGGAGAAAUUGCAGACGCGAACAAUCGUGGAAUUCUUGGUGCAUCUUUGACAGUUUUUAUGAACGUCGGUAUGUUGAUUCCCUAUUGUCUGGGUCCCUUCAUUCCAUAUUUCUGGUUCCACAUCAUCCUAGCUGUUCUUCCCGCCAUUUACAUGGUUUUAUUUUACGUUUUUGCCCCUGAAAGUCCCUAUCACCUCAUCAAGACAGACGAAGAUGCUGCACGGAAAGUAUUGCUGAAGAUUCGAAGUAAAGAGAAAGUCCCACAAAUUAUAGAAGAAAUGAAACUGAGUAUGAAACAAACAACAGACGUUUCCAUCAUGGACAUACUCAGGAGUAGGGGUUUGCGAAAAGCAUUCAUUAUGGGGCUUGGUGGAUUCACAUUCCAGCAGCUAACAGGGACCAUCAUAGUUGCUACUUACACCCAGACAAUCUUUGAGGAAGCUGGAAGUGCCCAGUUGAUCUUUUUGAUCGCCAACACUUCUACAACAUGGCCCUCCCCAAUGCUCGUGAAACUGAAUGGCACAGAUGAUAAUCCCUUGGGUUACGUGAUAUCAAAAACAGAAAACAGCUUUCUGGCCUCCAUUAACAUAGUCGGUGCGUUGAUAGGUUCCAUUAGCUUUGGGAUGUUAGGCCAAAAGUUUGGCAGGAAAUCGCUCCUGACAUUUCUUGGGCUACCCUUCCUGGUUUUCUACUUGGUGAUGGCAUGGUGUAAAGUCUAUUGGUUACUCUUGACCAGCAGAUUCCUGAUAGGAAUUGCUUGUGGUGGGGUUAUGACGAUCCUACCGAUGUACUGUGGGGAAGUUGCAGACGCGAAUAACCGUGGAAUUCUCGGUGCAGCUUUAACAGUUUUUAUGAACAUCGGAAUGUUGAUUCCCUAUUCCUUGGGUCCCUACAUUCCGUAUUUCUGGUUUCACAUCAUCCUAGCUGUUCUUCCCGCCAUUUUCAUAGUUUUAUUUUACGUUUUGGCCCCUGAAAGUCCCUAUUACCUCCUCAAGACUGACGAAAAUGCUGCUAGGAAUGUUAUGAUGAAGAUCAGGAGUAAAGACAGAGUUCCAGAUCUUCUAGAAGAGAUGAAACAAGGUAUGAAACAAACAACAGACGCUUCCAUCAUGGACAUACUCAGAAGCAAGGGUUUACGAAAAGCAUUCAUUAUGGGGCUUGGUGGUUUCACAUUCCAGCAGCUAACAGGGACCAUCAUAGUUGCUACUUACACCCAGACAAUCUUCGUGGAAGCUGGAAGUGAUAUUUCAUCAGAUGUCUGUUCUAUCAUUGUUGCUGUCGCACAAUUGAUAGUGACAAUUUUAGUAACCGGAAUAUCGGAUAGAUACCCUAGGAAAUUUCUACUGUCACUUUCCUAUUUCCUGGUCGCCUUGGUGCAAAUACCAUUUGGGGCAUAUUUCUUCUUGAAAAAACACGAUUACGACGUUGAAAGCAUAAGUUGGUUACCACUAGUAUGCUUAAUUCUCUACGUUUGCGUGUAUAACAUCGGAGUAGGACCUGUUCUUGUUACUUUUCUUGGAGAAUUAUUCCCACCCAAAAUAAAAGGAGUAGCAAUCUCGUGUAUGUUGAGCGUCAACUGGAUCGGUUCAUUUCUCCUAACGACCUACUUCAACACCUUGAAUGACGCUCUUGGUCUCGGACUUCUUUUCUGGAUGUUUUCAUUGUGUAGUUUCUUAGCAGUGAUUUUCAUCAAGUUCUUCAUGAUCGAAACGAAAGGAAAAACUUUGGAAGAAAUCCAAAAGGAACUGAAUGACUAGUUAGUAUAGAAUUUUAAAUUGGUUCUAUGAACUUUCUAUAUCUGACAAUUAAAAUUCAUUUAAUAAUUUGACAAUAAGUGUAGAUUGACGAAAAAAUAAUGUCGUGGAUGAAAAAUAGUUGCAAAUUGUGAAAAUUUGUAUAGAUCUGAAAAAUGCUGCAAAAUGUUAUUAUCUAGCCAAUGUUCUACAAAUGAAUAAAACUACUUCUAUCAUUA